AUGGCCACCUCCAUGCCUGAGGUGGGAGGGGGCAGGAAACACUGGAGGGAGGCGCACACCAAGGAGCAACCUGAAAGCAGCGACAUGUCCGACACCGGGUCGGUCCAUGUCAUCAUCGUUGCCAUCAGAGUGUCCGUCAUGAUGCAACAGACUAAACAAAGUCCAGACGACAACAGCCCGAGGGAGGGGGAGGCAUCCAGACGCGCGUGAUUAUUCUUGUACCGUGUGCAUUCAUCUAUCAAUCUCUUUCCUGUCUUGGCUCUUUGCCCUGCCCUUGCUCAGCUGCCGCCUGUGUGACUGGCUGACGUACUGAGAAAUGUUCCACCGUUCAAUCAUACCACUCACUGAUUGAGAGUGCGAAACUAUGUUGGGUUUUCUGGAACCCUGGCUUUAGGGGAGCCAGAAGAGAGAAAAAGGAGGGAGGGGGUGUGGAUGUCCGCCGAGAUUUUUCUAUGUAUCUGGCCGUUUGAGCCGAAGAAUCCUACACGCUUGGAUUUGUUUCUGCAACACUGAAAGCAACAGGAAUGGAAUCAUGCCGCACAGUGCGCCAGUCUGAGUCUGAGGGGUCUACACACUUGCCUGGUGCGCCUUGGGCCCAGCCCGGUACGAGUGGUAAAAAGAGAGAUAGAUCAUAGGACUAAGCAGGCGGCUGCAUAAAGCCCGGAUGCACCAUCCAUUCCGCAAACACCACUUGUGACCCGGACACAUUGAUCAAGGGAUUCCCAUGAUGGUGAUGGCUGAUGAUCAAACCCCUGUCGACCUCCUCUCGGCAAGACACCGUCUCCUGCCAUCGGCCACACCAAAAGGUGGUCAAGUGGUUAUGGUAGGACAGCGCGGGGACCUCCCCAAACGUGGUUUAUUAUAGGCAAAGCCCCUCGAAACGGAUGGUUCCAAAAACCCGUGGCGCCCACAUAGACUCUCGCAUUCUUGUGGCAUCUGGCAUCUGGCUGACUCGUAAUGCCUUGAGCCACUGUCCUAUCCUCAUCAGUGUCAUCGUGUCUUGAAGCAGGCUCUGAUGACAUGUCGACAAGCGCCAAACCGGAAUCUGGGCGCCCUUUUUUUUUUUGGCGGUUCAGGGUUGGAUCGGACUCCUGGCAAGCCUGGAACCUGGGGAGUGGAGUGGAGUGGCUUUAUCCGUAUUUCCACUCAGCAGAGCAUGACGGUGCAGGUAAGAGCCUUGAUAAGAGCGCUGGCAAACCGGGAGAAGGGUACCAGACAGAGAGUCUCACGGCAUCAUCUUUCCCCUAUCAAAGGCCAAGCGACCAAUCCUCCUCCAGGGGGGUGGGUGGGUGGGUUGGGACCCUUUCGUGCUCUGUGUCUGACAUGCACACACGCUGCCAACAAAUACAAGGGAGGUACACACAGGAUCGGCCGAGUAGGUCAAAAAGUAAGCAACGGUCGUAUCAACCCAUUCUCGUGUAAAAUCGACAAGAGGCGCAAGUCAUCGUCGCAUCCGUUUCCUACCUUGCCCAGUUCAGCUGCAAACUCCGUCCCCCGGUCUUGUCAAGUGGCUACACCAUCAGAACGGAAACGGAUGGUGAGGGGUCGUGAUAGUCGUUUGCUCUCGGAAUAUCCGCAUCAAACCCCGCCA